AUGGCUGGUGUUCCGCUCAAGCCCGCCCAGCUCGCCUUUGAGGAGACGCUGCUGCGCGAGCGGCUCAACUUUUUGAGAGAGCUCAAGGAGCAGCUGCAGCAGGAGGAGGGACCGGUGGCACAGACGGUGCAGGCCUACACCUCCAUCAUCGACGAGGUGAUCUACGACAUAGCCCUGGAGGUGCACCGCGCAGUGCACACAGAAGUGGACACCCUGGCCGAUGUGCGGCACCGGCUAGCCACGGGGGGCGGCAUCAGCCAGCAGGCGGCGGCCAUCCCGCCGCUGCCGCCGCCGGUGCACAAGGGCAACAUGAUUGACGUGUUUGGCAACGUGGUGCCUCCCAUCGCGCUGGACCAGGUGGCCUGCCCCAGCUGCGGGCGCAAGGUGGCGGCGGGCAGGUUUGCGCCGCACCUGGAGAAGUGCAUGGGGCGGGGGCGGCAGGCCAGCCGCCAGGCCAACAAGCGGCUCAGUACCAUGGAGUUUGGCUGA